GAUGAUUUCCAUUUAAAAUAAAUAUUCAUUUGCAUUUUUGAAAAUGAGAGCUUUAAUGUAAAAAUAUUAGUUUUUGAACUUUUUUGUGAAUAGUUUCUUAUGACAAAAUGUGAACAUUUAACAGUGACCUAGUCUCAAAGCCCCCAGAGUCCUAAAAUCAUCAAAUCUUGAAGCAGAUUCAUUUUGCUGAGUUCACUUUUCCUGCCCAGUGUCUUAGGUGGAUUUGCCUCCAUCACUUAAAAACUCUCUCUCUUGACCUCCUCUUGCCCUUGCAAUUAUCAUCCCCUUCCUCUGCUCCUUUCACAGAAAAUUUUGACAUGCACUCAUCCCUGGGUAUCCGCAGGGAUUUGUUCCGGGACCUCCCACAGAUAAGAAAACCCACGGGUACUCAAAUUCCUACAGUCUGCCUUUUGUAUCCACAGGUUCCGCAUCCAUGGGUUCAACCAGCUGUGGAUUAAAGUUGACUCGUGGAUAGGGCCAACCGUGAUUGUCUGUAUGCACGGUCUCCAUUCCUUUCCUUCUACUUUCUCUUGUACUCCAGUCACGUUUUCUUCCCCACCACUCCACCAAAUUUGUUCUUGUCAUAGUCACAAAGAGCUAAGUCCAAUGAUCAAUUCUCAGUCCUUGUCUUAUUUGACUUAUCACAUUAUUUAGCAUAGUUGAUUAUUGUCUCAUCCUUGAUACACUCUCUUUACUUGGCUUCCAGGCACCACACUUCCCUGGAUUUCCUCCUACUGGUCAUUUCUUCUCAUUAUCCUGCCUUUGCUGGAUUCUCCUCUCUUCUUGACCUCUUCAGUUUGGAAGUCAAUCUUUGGAUCUCUUCUCCUUUAACUACAAUGGUUUCCUGGCUGUGGCCACCUCUCUGAUCCUGCUUACCUCUCAUCUCCUCUGCUAAAACUCUCUCCUCUUCAGCCAUAUUGAUCUCCAUCACAGUAGGCAUAUCUGCAUAGUAUGUUCCCUGACUGCCUUUAGGUAUUUGGUCAAAUGUCAUCUUUGAGUGAGACCUUCCUUGACCCCUAUAUCUAAAAUGAAACAUCCCUCUUUCUCAUAACUCUCUAUCUACUUAACAGUAGCACAUAACAAUAUUCAACAUUCUAUAUAUUUUAUCUAUUGUUUUUCUUACCACCACUAGAAUAUGCUCUCCUUAAGGACAGGAAUUUUCUGUUUUAUUUCUGCAUCCUCAAAGCCUAGAAACAAUGUCUAGUAUAUAAUCUGUACUUGCUCAAUGAAUGAUUUUCUUGUGUAGCUAUGUAAAUUAAUCUCAAAACUUUAUAAUCAAAGCUCAUACAUUGUCCCAAUAAAGCAAGAAAUCCAGUAGAGCAUGAUAAUUUUUUGAGUGCCUGCCAUAUUUAACACUAUGUGCUUUUCCCAAGGAAAUAGCUGGAGAAACAACUUUUUGCAACAAAAUAAGAGAUACAGAAGAGUAUGUAUUUAGUUCAGAAGAGUGAUACAGGUAGAACUCUGAAUUCUCUCGGAGUGAAAAAUAACUGUGGAUUAGAGUCAUUGGUAAAGGCACUCCAUAGUUGAGAGUUGAGGUAAAACUUAAAGGGUUUAUAGAAGUUGGAUAUCUGCAGUCAGGAAACAAAGGAAGGUUGAGGUCAGAUUUCUAAGGACCUUAAAUAUUUCACCAGGCAGUAAAAAGCCAUCACAGUCAUUGGACCAAGGGAGUCCUGUGCUAGAAAUGUGAAGAAACACUGGCAGGUUUGUAUGUCUUGCAUUUUGUCCUGAAAAAUCCCUAGCUCUUUUAGCCCACCGGUGGAGCAUUUCAGGAUAAGGGAGAGAUGUGCGUGUAAAGAUUUCAUUGCGUACUUUAUCUUCUGGAUUGUUAUAAAUAUGUGACUUCUUGAAGACUAUUCUAGCAAUGCAUCUUCUGUUGAGACUAACAUCAGACAGCUACAGGAGACGAGUCCAGCACUGUAAACCCUAUGGGAACUCUUGACUGGGUAAGGACACAGAGGAGUGGGAGCGGCUCCAGUUUUUGGCAGUGGGUUCCAACACAGAAUCAGCACAAAUUCAGCUUCAUCUCCUACCCUUUCUGCACUGAUAAGGUUAUAUCAGAGGAAGAAAACGAACUAGGGCUCUUUUUAAAGUUUCAAGCAGAACGGGAUACAACGCAAGCUGGCAAAAUGAUGGAUGCCACUGGCAAGGCACUCUGUUCUUCAGCCCAGCAAAGAUUGGCCCUGUGUACUCCCCUGUCUCGUCUUAAGCAAGAAGUAGCAACGUUCAGUCAAAGGGCGGUAUCUGAUACCUUGAUGACAAUUCAUCGGAUGGAACAGGCACGCACAGAAUACAGGGGGGCUCUGCUGUGGAUGAAAGAUGUAUCCCAAGAACUGGACCCAGACACCUUAAAACAGCUGGAAAAGUUCAGAAAAGUACAGAUCCAAGUGAGAAAUAGCAAAACUUCUUUCGAAAAGUUAAAGAUGGAUGUUUGUCAGAAAGUGGAUUUACUUGGAGCGAGUCGCUGCAACAUGUUGUCUCAUGCGCUCACGACCUACCAGAGGACACUGCUUGGAUUCUGGGAGAAAACAGCUCGAACGAUGUCCCAAAUCCAUGGGGCCUGUACUGGCUUUCAUCCAUAUGAUUUUGUAGCUCUCAAGCAAGUGCAAGACACUUCAAGCAAGCCUACUGAAGACCACAAAGGACAGAUAGAAAGCGACUCUCUCCCUGGAAACCUCGAUAAGUUAGUUUUGUCAGAUGAAGAAGUGAGCUUGGGAAGUGAAGCAGCAACUGAAGAUCAAAAGGAAAAACAUUUUCAAAUGAGAGAAUUUGAAGCACCUCAGAUUUCUAACUCUGAAAAUGUUGCAAAAGAUUUACCUGUAGAGUCACUGGAAGACGACUUUGAGAAGGAAUUCUCCUUUCUGAACAGCCUCCCGGGUGCUGGGUCUUCGAGUGCCUGUGGAUCCCCCCAGGAGCGCCCUGCCCUGGGGAGCCCCAGCGCCGGUCUCUGGUCCCGAGAGCCCUCGGUCGGGUCUGAGCCGCGUCUUCUUUGCUCGCGAUUCCUGCCCUCACAGCUCUUUGACCUUGGUCUUCGUGCGGCUGGAGCUGCCCACAGCUGGGCCUCGGCAGGGGCAUCAGAACCUCCUCUCUCACAGACUGAUAACCAGCCCCGGCCUUCACGGAGUCCAGGGAAAGUAACGAAAUCUCCCGACAAUGGUAACCAAGACAUGUCAGCCUGGUUCAAUCUAUUUGCAGACUUGGAUCCACUUUCAAACCCAGAUGCUAUUGGACACUCAGAUGAUGAACUUCUUAAUGCUUGACUGAAGUUAUGUCAUUUCAAUGGCCUUGAGGCAUCAAUUUUGCAACAUAUUGCCUUUGUGGAAAGGAGGUUAUUCUAUAACCCAGACACAAAAGCAUCGUGUUUGCAAAUAUCACCCUUGUCAGCCACCUUUAGCAGAUGGUAAGGACCACGUUUAAAUAGAUUAUCUCUUUAAUAUCUUGGAUUUGCAGCUGCUGAUAAUAAUGUGGAAAAUAGAAACUAUUGAGUCUGAAAUAGAUACCAAAAUGUAUUUCAUAAGAACAGCGAGGAAUAUUUCUGUCAAUAAGAAGUUGGGCUUAUUUCUUUGGAGAGCCUUUACGUGUGGGCGGCCUCGCUGGCUGUGGGCAUUCUCCAUGGAGGGGAAGGGCAGCAUGGACACUGAGGUGUGAUUGGGGUUGGUUUUUAAAUAAAACAGUGGCAGGGGAGUUUCCUGUUGUGGAAAACAGCACUUAGAACCAGACCAGAUUUGUCUUUAGUUAGGAGGGAGGGCAGGGUUUGAGAACUCAGUCUGCUUUAAUGACAUCAAGAGAAACUUGGUGCUUGCUUUCUCCACUUGGAGGUUAAGAGGUAAUAUUACUUAGUUUUUCUCCUUCAUCCAAAAAUCACAGACGCCCCUCAGUUCCAUUACUGAAGUCUCAUGGGGGAGUUGCAGGAUGAUUUAUUUGUUAAGUAAGUCCAUCCUCCGCAGAAACGGAAAACUCUCUCUUCCCAUCUCAUAAACCACAAGAACGUCCAGUGGCAUUCAGGACAUUGCGCAGGUGUCAUCAGGCCUGGUUUUUCACACAUUGCUAUCAUGAAGCGCAGUAUCCAUAUUCUUCCUGGAAAGAAAAUGAGGGGCGGCCCCUCCCUGAGCAACUGGCCUUAGUAUUCCUGCAAUUACCCAGAAACUUCUGCCUGAAUGAGGGGAAAUUCUGAACACCUUAUCCUUAUAUAUAUUUGCAUACUUGCCCCAUGUUUCUUGACAUGAUCUAACCCAGAAUACUUCCUGGCAGUUACAGACAGCCCUACAGGAUCGUUAGGGAGUGUCUUAUUGUCCCCUGGCCCUUUCUGUGGGGAACACCUGGGGCUCUAUUUGAUUGCUAAGGAAAAACUGUCACCCUGAGAGGGUUUCGAAUCUCAGUGCUGGAGGGGAGGCUGUCGAAUGGAAAUUAGUGUGCACGAAGGAAAACACCGCCACUGUAUACACCAUCAUCAAUCACUCAACUUCCGGUGCUUUUUUCUCGCACCCUUUAGUUUCGAAGCAGUUCGCUACGUGUCUUAUUUUUGUCAUCCAGUCCUUGGUAGCUCCACAAGAAAACAUUUUAACUAAGUUAUUCAGAGUAGUUUCCAUGUGCUCCUACUUCCAAGCAGGCGUAUUUAUUACUUACAAGAGAACUGCUUGUAAUGUCCAAGACAUUGCAUAUAGAAGACCAUUUAUUAGGAACGGACCAGAGUAGGUAAAACACAAUCCCCUCCCAUCCACAGCAGUCUGCCCCAACUGCCAUCUGAACUGCCCACGGCCCCCCAGAAACUGCUGCUCUGCCCAGCCCUGCAUGGGCCGGAAAGGCCCUCCCUGAGGGUCAGAGACGGGGCUCAGGGAAAGGCUAGGAAGUCUCUCCUCAACGUCUCUCACAUGCUUAGCUCCAUGGCUUUGAUGGUCCCUGGAGAAGCAUUUUUAACUCUUCAGUGAACUUCCCCGAAUGCAACACUGUCAUUGUUCUGCCAAGAUCGAAUCCCCAAGGGUUUUGAUCACGAAUCGCUAUCUAAAUUCUAUACCCACGGCAACUCCCUGCUCUCAACUUUGAGUACCGCAAAAAAAGGCUAACUUUGUCUUGAGUUUGUGCCACUUUCCUUUCACUAAUUUUCACUAAUGCAUUAGUUCAGGAACAUUUGCGUGUCUCCCUCGCAUGCACGCAGAGCAGCCCGUUGUCCUUUACAACAGGCACCUGGAUAGAGGAGAUCCAGCAGUCUCAGCCAGGAGCCGGAAGCCCGGACCACGAACGUGAAGGGACCCUGCCCUCAGGCUCCCGAGAGCAAAGCUGCUCGGAAAACAGAAACAAAGGAUUUUCAUUAUUCAGUUCUUAGUUUCUCUAACAUUUUCUCUUUCAACACAGAGUACGUCGUCGCCCAUAACCCAAAAGCAACACUAACUGCCUCAUCAAGUCCUGCUAGGACUUCAGGUCUAACAAGCUCGUUGGUGAAGAGCACACUGACAACUUGGCUAUUAAAAUGACGGCAGCCAUUCAUGUUUUCUCAGCACUAGUUAUUUGAAGCUCAAUCACUAAUUUAGGGGCCAGAAACAGAAUUCGGCCAUUCCCACCUACACUGCUAACAUAGGAGACCAGCCACACUGAGUCGGGAGUGAAACGAGGGACACGAUAAACACAGAGCAGAAGGCGAUCCGUGCUGUUUGUCUAAAGCCACAUGAACCAUCCAAUAGGGAGUAAAUGAAUUAACUAAACCAAAGGUAGGCUGAGGACAAUUCUUCCAAAAUAAAUGGAUGCUUUUUAUAUUAAAUGGGGGAAUCUUGUUAAUACCAAAUAAUACAUUUAAGAAAAGCCCCCAGAACUAAAAUUUGCCUCUCUUUCUACAGAGAGGCAGGAACACCAGGGCAUAUUAAGAUCAGAUUGGUGUCACUUUGUAAUUUUUGAAAUCUUUCAUUAAUUGUAAAACAUAGCUCUGAUAUGGGAAGAAACAUAAAAACUGUAUUUUAACAAAAUAAGUUUCAGCAUUUGUACAAUGAAAAAAAGUGUAUUUCAACUAUGGAGAUUUAUUUCACGUAUCUCUCUUUAUAGACCAUCUGGAAAUGUAGAGGUCUUAACAGCAUAAGAACAGAAGAAGUCUUACUGUGCUGUAUCUAUUUUUCUGAGCCUCCUUUAAUAAAGAUUACAAGAUGGCAUCCAAAAAAA